CGCUCGGUCCCUUUACAGCCCUUCUGUCCCCUCCGCAGUCGCUCUGUCGGCGCUCUCCGAGGCUUCGGGCGGCAGUCACGUGGUUUCUUGAUUCUCUGCAGGAGGACGUGGAUCCCAGGCUUGAACGCUGCCGGUGUUUUGAUGGUUGCGAUGACUGAGGAGCCCGGCCCUUCUCAGGGAGCUGUCUUUCUCUCCAGGAGCUGUUGAGUGAUCGGCAAAAAUGUCAAAUAAGGAGGUGAAGGCAGCAUUAAAGAGCGCUAGAGAAGCCAUAAGAAAUAAGGAAUAUAAAGAGGCCUUAAAGCACUGCAAGGUAGUCUUGAAGCAAGAAAAAAAUAACUACAAUGCUUGGGUAUUUAUUGGCCUGGCAGCUGCUGAGUUGGAGCAACCUGAUCAGGCCAAAGGAGCGUAUAAGAAGGCUAUUGAACUUGAACCAAACCAAUUACUGGCAUGGCAGGGUUUAGCAAAUUUAUAUGAGAAAUCCAACCAAACGGAUGUCCACGCAGACUUACAAGAUGUGUACCAAAAACUCUUGGAACUCUAUGAAAGUGGAGACAAGCAGAAAUGGUGUGAUGUAUGUAACAAGCUCGUGGAACUAUAUCGCCAAGGAAAUAAAUACUUAGAGGCAGCAGAAAUAUGCCAGAAACUAAUAGAAGUGAAAAAGGAAGGAGGUGCAGAAAAGGUGGAACUCCAUCAGCUUUGGAAGAGGAUGAUCCAGUUACUGGGAGACAAUGUGCAGUACCAGGAUAAUAAGACUGCACAAUUGCUUUUGAGUGGAUAUGAAGAGGCACUGAACUCUGCUGACACUGUCCCCAGUGAAGAUCAUCGAAAUCUUUACAAAGACUUUAUUCAGUGCUUGUCAAAAUUUCCUCAUGAAGCAACUAAAUUGGAAAAAGCUUGUGAUGAUAUGAUGGCUUUAUAUCCGACUUUGAGUUAUCCUUUAGAAGUACUUUGCUUGUACUUCAUUCAAUCAGGUACUUUGUCAGAAGAGGCCUUGCAGUAUUUUUCUAAGCUUCUGGAGAUGGACUCAAGUAGUGGUCCAGGCAUCAUUGGUUUUGGUAUAAAAUGCCUCCAAGAAAAGAAAUACAAAGAGGCUAUUAAGAGUCUUACUGAAGGUUUGCAGAAGGUUAGCCAGUGUGCAGGAGCAUGGCAUUACUUGGCAGAGGCGCAGAUGAAAGUUCACAAAUACAGGGAUGCUGUCCUGUCCUGCAAUCAAGCACUUAAGAAUCUUCAAACUCUUGAUGGUGCUACUCUGCAGCGGAAGAACCUUAUCCUUCAGUUGAAAGCAGAGGUUUUGAUCAAAAUAUCUGAUGCUGGAGCUGCAGAAGAAGCCAUUAAUGCACUCGAGCAGGUUGUGGGAGCAAGCAGUGAUCCUGUGCUUUUAGCUUUCAAAGGUCGAGCAUAUUUAAACAAAGGUUUAGUUGAUGAAGCUUCAAAGAUUUCGCAAGAGCUUCUGUUGUCGCAUCCUGAUGUAGCUGAAGCCCAUGCUCUUGAGGGUUACAUCCAUUAUUCUCAGAAGAAAUAUGAGCAGGCAGAAAGAAGUUUUCAAAAUGCUAUUGAAAGAAGGGCUGAAAUUGCUGAGUAUCAUCAGUAUCUGGGGCUCACUUAUUGGUUCAUGAGUGAUGAGACAAAAAAAGAUAAAGGAAAAACACUCACUCAUUUCUUGAAGGCUGCAAAGUUGGACAGCUACUUGGGAAGUGUCUUUUGUUAUUUAGGUAACUACUACAGAGAUGUUGCUGGAGACAAAAGUAGAGCUCGUGGUUGCUAUAAAAAGGCUUUUGAACUGGAUGGAACUGAUGAAGAAUCUGGAGCAGCAGCUGUAGACUUAAGUGUGGAGCUUGGAGACACGGACACUGCUCUAUCCAUCUUGAAUGAAGUAACUGAAAAAGCAAAUGCUGGUGCAGCAAAAUGGGCUUGGCUUCAUCGUGGACUUUACUACCUCAGAACUGGUCAGCCGUCAAAAGCAGUGGCUGAUUUGCAGGCAGCUCUCAGGGCUGACCGAAUGGAUCCCAACUGCUGGGAGUCUCUAGGGGAGGCUUAUGUGAGCAGAGGUAGCUAUGCAGCAGCUCUAAAAUCCUUCAGGAAGGCCAGUGAGCUGAACCCAGACCACGUGUACAGCAUUUACAGAGCUGCAGCAGUUGAGCAGAUUCUAGGCAAAUAUGAAAAUGCUAUAGCUACCUAUCAGCAGAUCUUAGAGAAGACAGAAGAGUAUGUACCUGCACUUAAAGGACUUGGAGAAUGCUAUCUCAUGCUGGCAAGAUCAGCCCUUGAGAAGUACCUUGAUAUGAGGGCUGUGGGUUACAUAGAGCAGGCUCUUGAAUUUUUUACAAGGGCAACAAAGAACCGACCUGACAUAUCUUCCCUUUGGAAACUGCUUGGCGAUACCUGUACUAGUGUGCAUGUUAUUUCACCAGCCAAAGUGAAUGUUCAAGUUCUAGGGUCGCUUCUGGGUAAAAAUGAAGGCAAACAGAUGCUGAAGAAAACUGAGCUGCUGAGACUGGGUGGAAGGUGUUAUGGCAGAGCUUUAAAAUUGAUUCCUUUGCCUAACAUAUGGUGUGAUCUUGGAAUAAAUUAUUAUCGACAAGCUGAGCACCUCACAGCAGUAGGCACGGACCUAAAUGAGAUCAGUGAACUACUAGAGAAGUCUUUACAGUGUCUCAAAAAAGCUGUGAGGCUUGACAACAAAAAUCACCUUUAUUGGAAUGCACUUGGUGUGGUUGCUUCCUGUAGUGCUAUUGGGAACUAUGCUCUUGCUCAACAUUCGUUCAUCAAAUCUGUUCAAGCUGAGGAAAUUAAUGUUGUUGCCUGGACGAACCUGGGGGUUUUGUAUCUAGCGACUGGAAACAUUGAGCAAGCUCAUGAAGCCUUCAAAGUAGCCCAGUCUCUGGAACCUUCUUACCUUAUGUGUUGGAUUGGGCAGGCUCUUGUUGCAGAGGCAGUAGGCAGCUUUGAUGCUAUGGAUCUCUUCAGGCACACAACUGAACUUGCUAUGCAUACUGAGGGAGCGAAAGGCUAUGCCCACUGGGUAUGUUCAACUCUGCAAGAUAAAAGCAACAGAGAUACUGAGCAGUAUCAGUACAACAUUGUUGAAAUGAAUGCUAUUCCAGCAGCCCAAGUGGUUAUGAGCAAGUAUACAGAAAGAAAUCCAGAUGAUGCAUCUGCUUUCACAAUGCUUGGUUAUUUGAAUGACUAUCUGGAACUAAAAAGACAGGCAAAAGAUGCUUAUGAAAGGGCUGCUACAUUAUUAAAAAACUGUGAGGAUACUGAGAAAUAUAACACAGCAAUGCAAAACUAUGGCAGAUCUCUGUGUGCCAUUGGUGAGUGUGAUAAAGCCAUUGAGGUUUAUACAUCAAUACCGCUUACUGAGUUUGAUGCCAUUGUGGGGAUAGCACUAGCCUACUUCAAGAAAGGACUCUUAAAAGAAAGUAUUCAAGCCUAUGAGAAAGCCUUGUCUGUUGCGGAAUCUGAACAAGAUAAAACACAUAUCCUGACUGCCUUGGCAAUAAUAGAGUAUAAACGAAACAAAGUGGAUGCUGCAAAGACACUGCUGUUUAAAUGCUCAUUAAAGGAACCUAGUACCGAAAGUCUGAAGGCUUUGUGCACACUAGGACUGGUAAAGCAGGAUGUUACGCUUGCAACAGCAGCCCUAAAGGAGUUACUGAAACAUGAGAAAGGGAGUGAUGGGAUUUAUGAAAGGUGCCUUAUUGCAUCUGCUGUUUAUGCACUACAAGGCAGAAACCUGGGGAUCCAGAGAGAAGUCUCCAAAGCAAUACACAGUUACCCUGGUAAUCCUGCUCUUUGGUCUCUUCUGUCUCGACUAGUUCCAUUGUAUACACCACAGAAGGCAAAAGGGGGAGCUGUGGCAGGAAACAUUGCACAUGCGCUUGAUUUAAGACAUGGAAAGGAUGUCCUACUGAAUGUUGCAGUUAAUCAAUUGGCAGCAGGAUGUCACAUGUUAGAAGAUGAAAGAAACAAUCCUCUAAAAAAUAUUCAGAAGGCAAUACUCAUCUGUCCCGAUAACCCUUCUGCCUGGACAGUGCUAAUGGCAGCCUGUCAUGCUGAAAACACUGUUGGCUGUCUUAACAACACUCAACCAAAGCGAACAGAUCUAGAGAUGACACUUGUAUCUACAAUUUCAGCCAAAACUGGAGAAAAUGACCUUCCUCAUAAUUACAUCCAAACUCUUGAAGACUGGUCUCUUUGUCAAGCUAUCACCAGUCUAGAGGAGAAUGGUAGAAUCUCAGAAGCUGAAGCACUUUGUACCAAGGGUUUAAAGAACUGCCCCGAGCACCCAGCUCUGUUUUUGCUUCUGAGACAAAUUCAAUGUAAGCAACUGUUACAGUCUCACAAAGAGCUUCCAGAUACCAUCCUGAAGGAGCUUCACAAAACAGUCAUGACCAGUUCAUCUUCCAUUGCAGCCUGGCAAUGGCUGGCAAAAGUGUAUCAGUCUCAAGGAAUGAUGGUUGGAGCAGAGAUGUGUUACAGAAGGAGCUUGCAGUUGGCAUCACAGCAGGGCAGCUGGAGUGGGAAGUUAUCCAGCCUGCUCAGACUGGCUAUGCUUGCACUGGAAAUCUGCAUGGCUAAUGUCUCAAAUGAGCACUGGCCAUCCUUGGUUCAGGAGGCAACAACUGAAGCUUUGAAACUCUCUUCCUGUCCCUUGGCAGUUCUCCUGCAAGCGCUUCUACAGUAUAUUCGCAAAAUGGGAGCAAGAGAGACUCGUCGAAUGUUGGAGAGAGUGGUUUACCAACCAGGGAAUCCAGAAACCAUUGUGUCUGUGGCUCGUUGGUACCUCAUGCAACACCUAUAUGCCAAAGAUGAUUACGAAUUAAUAGAUGUACUUGUAGAAAACGCCAAAGCUAAUGGGGAUAUUAGAGCUCUGGAUCUACACAAGAAAUUAUCAGCAAGUGCCUAGAAUGGACUAUCUGAAGUGGAACGUCUUCCAUUCACGCAACUUAAUUGGGCCAUCCUUCAGGAGUUCUGUGUGGUCUGGGCUUUUCUGUUUUUUGUCUGGCUUUAUUUCUUCUUGUGUCAGCAGAAACUUUUUUUGAGCAAAAGUAGGUUGUUCUUUUGUUGAUGUAAGUCCCAUCAUAAAAUACACUUCACUUGAAAGAAAAAAAAAGCUGAUUUUUUUUGUUUGUUUGUUUUCUUCUUCUCUGAAGCCUCAGUACUGUUUGCAGUGGAGAUUUAUCAUCUUUCCUUGUUGACCACUCACAAAGAAAUACAAUGUUGACUGCGUUGGCAGUGAUGAAAGCUUGAAGAGGUUUCAGUUUGUUUUUUUUUCCUGUAGCAGUCUUACUAGUUAAUUGACAGCAAACUUUUCUUUCCUCCCAGAAAUUGUAAAACGUGCAGAAAUUUAAAAUGUUUUGCAUUUGUUUUGCAACCAAGAACCAAAUCCACUUAGGAUUUCAUGUGUGGUGUCAUUUUAUACACUUCAUGUUUUUUGUUAGCUAAUCUUUACUGCAGCAGUGUGUCUUGUCCCACCAAUGAGGAGGGGGGAGUGAGCAAGAUUCACUGAAGGGCUGAAUUGCUGUGGAGCAUGUUGGUGGGUCAUAGAGUUUGGUUACUCUGGUUCGCUUUUCUCAUGCAAAAGUCACAGUUAUCUGUGAAGUAAGCAUGUUUUCUCAGUAGAUAAUAGUUCUGUUACACAUGUCUAGGUUUAAACCCUGGUACCAGAAAAUCCCAACAGUUGAAUGUCUUGAAUCAAAGGUUCACAAAUAUGGGAUAUACCAUAUUUUUGUGGGGUUCCAUAUGAGUGUUCUGCAACUAAUUGUCCAUGAACUGUUCAGUAGUGGGGAUUACCUCUUGGGGUUGGGAAUUUAUUUUUGUUCUUUUAUUAUACUAUCUGGAUUGGACAAAAAAUACUUACGGGACCAAACACUUUCAUAACAAGAGAGAUCACGGUGAGGUUAGCCACCCCAUUCAUUAGUAACUUGAAUUCAUCCACACAGAGAUAAAAGAACAGUAUAUUCAUGUUGUAAGGGUUCACAAUGAGGUAAGGAAUUUUAACAGUGUUUGUGUAAACAAGAUUACACAGGAUCUCUGUUUCUCAGGGAUAGCACUUCUGCUUUCAAUACUGCCUUCUUACAAGGCAUCUCUGCAUUGUGCCCCUCAAAUGUCCACUGUUUUCAGGCUGCAAGUGAGGCAUUUGUAGUUCACGUGCAGAGCUCUUGCUUCCAACACAUAACAUACUGUGUCUUUUGAGGUUGUAUCAACUAGAAAAUAAUAGGUAACUAGAGAGGGCAUGUAGCAAUAUAGGUAUAUUCUGCUAUACUCCUGAAAUGGGAAUGAGUAACCCCCUUCCCUCCCCUCCUCCCCCCAGAGAUUUAUAUUUCUGCAUGUAUUUUGAAUACACUUCUGGUUUAAUGUUGCUGUCUUUUGACUUAGAUAAUAUGUGAGAAGUUUAACCAAAUAAUGGCAAAUUUAAGGCCUGCAGCUGUUGAGAUGUCUAGACAAAGGCCUUGUUCUGUUUGAUUCCAGAUUUGGAUAAAACCAGUGAUAAUUGUGCCCAUGCCAGGUUGACUGGCUUAUUCACAUUCCCAGUUUACUGAGAUAAGAUUAUAUUCUUACUAUGUGGAUAUAUAAACUUCUCCUCUGUGUGCCCAUCAUCUUCCUCAUGGGGUUAAUGUGUGCUGCAAAUGGUCUUGUAGUCGAUCUGUACAUGGUUUCAAGGAAUCAGGCAGGCUUCAGAUUAGGGGAUUUGUUCUGUUGGGGUUAGCAAUUAAAGAUUGCACUGGGGAAGGCAGUUGACAGACUGAGUUUCUAUUAUGCAUUAACUCAAGGCAAGCAUCCUUCCACAAACUCUCUCAUUUUCUUGAGCUAACCUGCUGUAUUUUUCCAGGACUUUAGACAUUUUGGCUGCCAAGAAUGGCACCAUCUAGGCAACCUGCCUGUCCUCAUCCGGGCCAAUUAUCAAUGGUCUCCAUCUUAAUUACUGGCUUUGUUCUUGGGGUAAAGUAUUUUAGGCUACUUUCCAAUUCCUUAGUUGUGUACAAGGUGCUUAAGCCCGGUUUCUUGAUCAGCUGUGCCAACCUUGUAAAUGGCAGCUGACUAUCCAGAACAGAGUCAAGGUCUGACCGAUCAGGAGAGCUUGUCCUUCAUCCUCUAAUUCAGACUAUAACAUUUUCUCUCAGUCUGAUGUAUUGGACAGAGCCAUGAGGAGUUGCUGAGUGAUACUACAUUUGUCAGUUAGCUGGCUUUGCAGGGUUUUCAUUUGUUCCUGCAAGAAUUUAACCGUUUUAUCACUAGUUUCUUUAACUAGGUGCCUCUUCUGUGCCAUCACUAGUGCUGCUCCCAGCACAGCAUAUACGAUGGCUUUUCCUUUCCAUAGACAUGCUUUUCAUUCUUUUGUAAAUGUUGCAGUCAUGUUUGUUACAGCAUUUGGAUCAUACCAACUAACACAGGCUCAUGCCAUCCCUGAUGGGAUGGGGCAUGCCUUAUAUUCCUUAAGCUUUUCAACAAGAGGAGAGCAGUCAAGCAUCAGCAUUUUCCAGGCAGCCAUGGGUUGCCACAGAGAAACCUAUCUCGGCGUAUAGCUUAGAGGUCACUUUCCAGUGCUUCCUCAGUACAGUCAUCUCUGGGACCAGUCCCUUAUGCAGUAUAUCCCUCUGACUGUGGGCUGCAGUAAAUGUUCUCAUCAAGACAAACUUGUGAUCGUUGGGGACAGGGUCAUAUUUAUACUGUGCGUAACAGGCUCUAUGUCUUGGUGAUUCUUAUGCUGACUGCUUAAUUGAAUGAAUCAUGACGGUGGUUCUUAAUACAUGAUGUUAUUUUGCCUUUCUGUACAUGACAAUAAAAAAUAAAUCAGUUA